AUGAGAAAUACAAACACAACAAACAAUAGCAGUAACAUCUAUGGAGCCAUUAUGGGCAGUGGAAGUGAAAUCCGGGAAGAGGCUAGCAGAAAGGAACCAGGUGCAAGUGGAUCAAGCGAUCUACUAGUGGACCUAACUGAGGAGUACAAGACCCCCAAAGGCCGUAUAAUCACGGGGGCUGAUCCUUUUAAGCGCGCACCAAAGCUGAGACGGAGUCCUAUCAAGACGCUCAGUGUAGAAAGGCCAGAGAGAGCAAAAUCGUCGCCACCUGCGUUGCAAGAAAGCAAUGAGAAAGCAGCACAAUCGGGUAAUGAUACCUUAAAGCUCCUUGGUGAGACGAUCGGGAAGUUGACCGAAGCAAUGCGUCUACCGCAACGCUCGAUUAACAACCAUAUAAGGGAACUCCUCGAAACGAUCACUAAGCUACACUCCAGAGCUCAGGAAGAAGCUAAAAGCAAGGAAGCCAAGCGAAACGUUCUUGGAAGUGUAAUGGCUGAAGGAACACCGAAGAGACCACGCGACGAUAAACAGCCGGGCAGAAAAACGCCACCCAAGAAAAGUAAAACCACACAUGGGGAAGAACGCAAAGUGACAGCAAGUGCAGACAAGAAAUCCAAAGGAGAGAGUAAUGCUAAGAGGACAAACGGGGUUAUGGAAAAUGGCUGGAUGAGUGUGAAGCGCAAACCAGCCAAGACGAAAGUGACAAAUAAACCACCCCCGAGGCCGGAUGCGAUUGUCAUUGCGCGUGCUGGAACAAUGACGUACAGUGACAUUCUCAGGGUGGUUAAAAAAGAUGAUGCCCUGCAAGAACUCGGCGAAAAUGUCACGCGCAUAAGAAAGACGGCCAAAGGCGAAAUCCUGCUUCAGUUGAAAAAAGAGCAGAUGGCCAAUACAGGAGUAUACGAGAAGAAGAUUGGCAAGGUGCUAGGUGACCAGGCGCAAAUCAAGGUCCUAACCCACGAGAUGUUAGUGGAGAUCCGUGAUCUAGAUGAAAUCACAACCAAAGAGGACAUAGGUGACGCAAUACGAGCGCAAGUUAACGAGCUUAACCUAUUUAGUGAAAACGCAAUAAAAAGCGUUAGAGCGGCGUAUGCAGGCACGCAAACAGCGGUGAUAAGCCUACCAGCACUGGACGCAAGGCGACUGCUUGAGAAGCAAAAACUAAAAAUCGGCUGGGCGGUAUGCCGAAUAAGAGAAAAGCCUGACUUGAGGAGAUGUUACAGAUGCCUGGAGUAUGGACACCUAGCGAGGGCGUGUAAAAACGAAGACGACAGAAGCCAGAACUGUCUGAAAUGUGGAGAAAAGGGUCACCAAGCUAAAGCAUGCGAGAAAAAGCCCUUCUGCGGAGCUUGUAAAAGAAAUGGAAGAGAAGAUACAAGCCACCAGAUUGGAAGCAGAAAAUGUCCCCUGUAUCAAGCGGCGUAUAUUAAAACCAAAAAAUGA